CUCGCAGGACAACUCUGACGUGCCGUUCGGUGUUUGGUGUCGCAAGUGAGUCGCCAGUUCCGUGUGCGUGGAGCGUACUUUUGAACCGGGUGAUAGGUGCACAGUUGAUUGUCAAGUGUCGCUGGUCUAAUAGACGGUCUACCGACCCGUGAAGUUUGGUGUUUUGUGUCGAGUGAACGAGUGUCUACCAUUUAAACUCAGCUAGUAAACAGAGUGUCUCGAACUACCAGGUUAAGGAAAGAGCUUCAAAUCAAAGAACAGAUUCCAAAGAAUCAGGAUCAAAAUGGCAACACUGUUGAAGAACGUUACCAACAGCAUUUGCCAUGCGUUCAACGCGUUGCAGCAGAACCGAGAUUGUUUCGUGAGCAAGUCCAAACUGAAGGUGUUAACGGCCAACAUUGCCACACUGCUGGAUCUGUACGGUGUGGAGCGCGGCUUAGAUCACUUCCGCUCGACGGCCACACUAAAUUUCGAGCACUACCGGUACUAUCUGGCGCAGGAAGUGUUUGCGAGCGUUUCGAACGAUUUGCCGCUGGCGGCGUUGCGAAACUAUGAAACCAAAAUCGAUGAGGUUUGUUGGCUGGUCUGUCGGAUGAACUUCCUCACGAACGAUGAGUAUUACACGGAGGAGGCCAUCUAUCAGUUGUUCCGGAUUUUCUGCCUCGUCGCCGACCUCUCCAGCGACCCGAACGAUCCGGACGUGUUCACGGUGAAGAUCCACCCGCUGGAGGCGCUGAUCAUCAUCAAGCAUCUGCUGAACUCGCUCGGACUGAACUACGAUGGCGACGGGAAGUACGACUAUCUCCGCACGUCGGACGAAUCGCUCGAGUUUGGGGAGCUGCUGGAGAUGCUGCGGUUCAAGAACUACGACAAGGUGAACGACUACCGGGAGUCGAUCUGCGAGGCGGUGGGCGAUAUGUAUCAGACGUUGAUUGAGGACGUGAUCAAGAAGGGCUAUCUGUUCCGGCGCGGGUACCUCCUGCCGACGUUCCGGGAGUACUUUUUCGUGCUUCAACCGUGCGAGCUGGCUUACUACAAGCAUCCAACCGAUCGGGACGUCUGUGGCACGAUCGUGCUCGACUCGAAGUUUAUGGUGAAGCCGAGCCACUCGAGCUCCGGCAAGCAGGAGAAGGUGCAACGGUUCACACUGGUGUCGGGCGAUCGGACGUACGAGUUGGGCACGUUGGACCACAAGACACGCCUACAGUGGAUCGCCGCCCUCCAGCUGGCCAUCACGUACUCGACCGGACGGGAAGGGUUCCAGCGGGAUACGGUGAACCGGCGCAAGCAGCAGCGUGAGACGGAGCAACGGCGUCGGCGGGAGGAGGAGCAACUGCGCAGCCAGCAUCUGAAGAAGCUCGAAGAAACACACGUCCAGCUGGAGCAGGAAAAGUUGGCCCGCUUGGCGGCGGAAUCGCAGGCACGGCAGUACGAAGCGGUCGCCCGGGAGGAUUCGCGGCGCGUGGCCGAACUCGAGGACGUAAAGUUGUGCCUCGAGAAGAUGCUGGAGGAUGAAAUUCAGGCCAAACGGGACGAAGAGAUUGUCCGCGCACUGCAGGCGCGUGUGCUGGCGGAGGAAUGGGAAAAGCGGGAGGAGCUGGAGCAGCUGCAGGCCGAACAGAAGAGCCUGCUGGAGCAGGAGCGCCAGAAGCGUAUCGAGUUCGAGUACCGGCAGCAGGAGAACGAGGAGAAACUGCUCGAAGCGGAAAGCAUGCUGCGCCAGCUGGAGGAGGAACGGAAGCGGUUGGAUCGGGAACUCAAACUGGCGCGGCAGAAAAUUCAACUGUCCGAAGACAAUAAGGGUAUCGUUGAGGCAAAAUUACAGGCCAUGUCUCCCACUUAUCGUACCAGUGCUGGCGAGUUCAUGAUCCGCCGGACGCAAUCCUUCGUGGCGGCAGAUAGGCCCGUCCUGGUGGCCGGUACCCGAUCAUCUCAUAGGUUUAGCUAGAUGACCCGCUCCGUUCGAUUCCCCGAGUGGACACACAGACCUACACACGCCAAUGUAACUUAUUAACACCACACGUACGCGUUACUUGCCUAUGUUUUAUUUGUGUUAUAUACGUAUUGAGUACUUUUAAGAACUAACCACUCCACAGCUAGCGCCUAAGCAUGCAAUAA